AUGCCGCCAAAAAAACGCGGCUCCGUCGUGAAGAAGAUCCGGCGCAAGGCGCUCUCCGCGCAAAAGGGCAGGGCGCAGGGUACGGCGGCGCGGCCGAAGACAGCGCCGUCAGCUCACACAGCAGUCACGGACAUCAAGCGCAUCGACACGCUCGAUGGUUACAAGCGGCUGGUGGCGCGGGCGUGCACGGAAGCCACUGGCGCGCCGGAGAAUGGGCUCCAGGGCGUCAAGGCGCUCUUCGACGUCGUGGCCGGUCGCGGCGGCGGCACUGCGGAGCUGAGGGAGUUCGCGAGCGCUCUUGCGCUGAGGUCGAUGGUGGCCGUUGCCGUCCACCUAAUCCCGCGCAUAUCGUACGAGCUGCUGGAUGAGGAGGAUGAGAGCGCCGACCCGCCAGGCGGCAAGAGCGCGGCUGGUGGCAAGGGCGCCACUGCGCCUGCGAAGCACAGUGCAGGCGCGGCGUCGAAGGUUAACAAACCGCGCCCAACGGCCAGCAGCCUCGUGGAAACGGAACGGAGCAUUUCCAAGCAGGUGGUGGAACUGAGGGACAUGCUGGUGAAGCACUGCUCGAACCACUUGAAGAAAAAGCCCGAGCUGAUAGUGCCGCUGGUCGCCCGGCUGGCGGCGGCCGACACUAGGCCUAACGCCCCGCUCAUCCGGCUGUGCGCCGAGUGCUGCAGCAUCGAGGACGAGGAGCUGGCCCAGGUGUGCCUCGGCAGCAUAACCGAGGUGCUGGAGCAGUCCUCCAUCCGCGACCUCGAGAAGGUCAUACCGCUGCUGCUCAAGAGCGACCGCCCGCAGUCGGCGCUGCUGCGUGCCAUCAACUCGAUACCGCUCGCCAGGAAGCAGCACAGCUACAAGCUCAUCAGCGAGAAGGAGCAGACCGCGGACAAGCACAUCGAGGAGAUCCUGACGUCGGUCAUCGCGUUCUACCUCCGCAUCCUGGCGCAAUGCACGGGCGAGAUGCUGGAGGAGUGCCUCAAGGGCCUGUCCCGUAUGGGCGCGCUGGUCAACGAGCCGCUGCAAAAGGAGAUUUUGGCGAAGAUGAAGAGCAUCAUCCUCAGCGCCACUUCGCUGAGGCCGGCCACGCACGUGAGGGUUCUGCAGGCCGCGGCGUCGCUCAGCCGCGUGCUCCAGGCGCAGUCGCACUGGAUCCUGCAGGAGCUGGCCCGGAUGGUGCAGAACACGGCGGCCUACCUCUGCCAGGGCGAGGCGAUGCGGGACGGGGAAUACGUGCAGUUCUCCACGCCGUGCUACACGUGGGACGUCAUCAGGACGGUGCAGGUGGUGAUCAGUCAUUCCGCCAGCGUGGCAGCGGCGGCUGAGCUGGAGGACCUGGUAAAGCUGGUCCAGCAGCUGCUCGCGCUGUGCCUGGUUUGUGACGCGGCCGUGGCUGAGGCGCUCGUACGCGAGGUGGUGAAGGUUAUCGAGCGGGUGCCGCAAAUAGCCGGCGUCAUGGAGCCAGAUGGCAUGGUCUUCUCGGUGCUCGCGAAGCGGGCCACCAGCUUCUGGGAGAUCGAGCUGCUGCGCAAGCACGUGGCGCCCCAAAUCGCAGAACAGGCCCAGGAGCUCGGGCGGCAGGCCCUGGGAGGCGCGCCCACGCGGAACAAGGCCGCCGCGAGCGCACACCGCAGGGCGUCGGCCCGUGACCUCGCCGCCUGCGGGAGCGAUGUGUACGAACUGCUGCUGGGCGACGAGGACGACAUUUUCAGCCAACACAAACCCAAAGGCACCUAA